GGGCGGUGCACUAUAAUAUAAGUGAAACCUCCAUUAGUGACCAAGUCCAGAGAACCCAGAACCUGAGAUCACACACAUCCACACAGCAGCGUCUGACACCAUGAAGCCUGUUUCGGUCUGCUCCAGCAUGAAGCUCCUUCUCGCUGCACUGUGUGUGGCAGUGACGAUUCACAUUUCAGCAUCUCAGAACAUAAAUUCAACCACUUCAACAACAGGGUUGACUUUGUUCACUAGCGCCUCUUCCUCUUCCUCCUCCGUCACCACUUUAUCUACUGGAUCUACCCAGAAGUCCACAGUUGCAGCGUCUUCCAGCAAGCCUUUGUCCACAAUUCCAACAGGCGGGGGCGUGCGGAUCGGCGCGCUAACUGACGUCCUGUUCAUGUCGCUGUUCGUGACUUUGACUGUGGUGAUGAGCGCCUCCUAAAGGCCAAAACACACACACACACACACACACACACACACACACACACACACACACACACACACUGUAAUCCUACUAUGUACACAGGCAAUGUUAACAGCUCCAUGUUGCAAGCUAUGAAAUUUGUAUAAUUGCUGUUUUACGAGACGUAUACACCUAUAGCGUACCUUCCCACUUAUUUUAUUGUUGUUGUUAUUAUUAUACAAUCACAUUAUUAAUCUCUUGCUUGACAUAGGCUAGUAUGUAAUUCAUUAAUUAGCAUAAUUGAAAAUGAUAAUAUUGCAUUAUUUUGUAGCUUAUGCAUAUUUUAUAUAAAUGAUUGUAAGUACAUGAAUAACCAUAUAUUUGUAAUUGUUUUAAUUCACUAUUAAAGUAAGAUGAGCAGAA